AUGCGCAUUCCUCAUUGGAGAGAGGCCAUGGAGCAGGAGUAUCAAGCGCUUCUUCGCAAUCAGACAUGGACUCUUGUUCCUCCACAAUCACGGGUAAAUGUCAUUGAUUCCAAAUGGGUUUUCAAAGUGAAGAGGCAUUCUGAUGGGUCCAUUGAGCGCUAUAAGGCUCGUCUGGUUGCUCGUGGUUUUCGACAGCGUUUUGGACUUGACUAUGAAGACACCUUCAGUCCAGUGGUCAAGCCUACUACCAUCAGACUUCUUCUCUCUCUGGCUGUUACUCGAGGUUGGUUUCUUCGUCAGCUUGAUGUUCAAAAUGCUUUUCUUCAUAGUGUCUUGGCGGAGGAGGUUUACAUGCGCCAGCCUCCGGGUUUCUCUGAUCCGGAUCGCCCUGAUCAUCUCUGUCGUCUGUCCAAGGCAAUUUAUGGUCUGAAGCAGGCUCCUCGUGCUUGGCAUGCUUGUCUUGCAAUGGCUCUUCGUGCUCAUGGUUUUGCAUCAUCAACUGCUGACUCCUCAUUGUUUGUUCUUCAAAGGCCUGAGGUUACUAUGUACUUGUUGGUCUAUGUAGAUGAUAUCAUUUUGGUCAGCUCCUCUCAGUCGGCUGCUACUGCGCUUGUUCGCUCACUUGGUGCUGAUUUUGCGGUCAAGGACCUUGGGAAGCUUCAUUACUUUCUUGGUGUGGAGGUUACUUCUCGUGCUGCUGGCCUUGUUAUGACGCAGAAGAAGUACUCUCUGGAUUUGUUGCAGCGAGCUGGGAUGCUUAAGUACAAACCGACGACUACACCCAUGUCUACCACUGAUAAGCUCAAUGCUGUUGAUGGUGUGCUUCUUUCUUCUUCUGAUGCGACGGUAUUCCAUGCCCGAACGAAACACAUUGAAGUUGACUAUCACUUUGUGCGUGAACGUGUCUCUCAGAAGCAACUACAGAUCAAGUUUAUUUCUUCCAAGGAUCAACUUGCUGACAUCUUCACCAAGCCAUUGCCUUUGCCACAGUUUGAGACUUGCAGGCGCAAUCUUACCCUUCUACAUCCAGUAUUCCAGUGCCGUGCGGAGACCGUCAACACAGAUCAAGAUAAACAGCUAAGACACGCAACUAGAUCCAUGGCUGCAGCACCCUCAUCUGUCCGCAUUUCCAUCAUCCUACUUCUCCUCCUACUCUCAGUCAUCUCCACGUCUUCUUCUUCUUAUUAUUAUUCAGUUCCGGCUAAUGGCAGCGACACGGACCUCGCCGCGCUGCUGGCUUUCAAAGCCCAGCUUGCCGACCCUCUCGGUGUAUUGGCAGGCAACUGGACUGCCGGCACAUCUUUCUGUCACUGGAUCGGUGUCUCGUGCAGCCGCCGCCGGCAGCGCAUCACUGCUCUAGCCUUCUCGGACACACCCCUCUUUGGAUCUUUGGUUCCUCACCUCGGUAACCUCUCUUUCCUCUCUGUUCUUGAUAUUACCUAUGCAAACCUCACCGGUUCCAUCCCUCAUGAGCUCGGCAGGCUACGUCGGCUUUGGUAUCUUCGUCUUGUAGGAAAUAGCCUAUCAAAUGCCAUUCCUACAUCCCUAGGGAAUCUCAGAGGGCUCGAGUCAAUUAAUCUAAGUUAUAACCAACUCACCGGCCAAAUCCCUCCCGAGUUGUUAAUUCGUAUGCCGAAACUUGAGACGAUUUUUCUGGCUGGGAACAAAUUAAGUGGCCAAAUACCAUCCAAUCUAUUUGAUAACACACCUUCAUUGAGAGUCAUCAACUUUGACACCAAUAGGCUCUCGGGCCAAAUUUCCCCUGAGUUGUUAUUUCGUCUGCGUAAACUUGAGAUGUUUUCCCUAUCUGAAAAUGACUUGAGUGGCCAAAUACCACCGCACCUAUUCAGUUACACGCCUUCCUUGAGGAAAAUCUACUUUAACAACAACAUGAUCUCUGGCCAGAUCCCACCUAAGUUGUUAAGUUGUCUAGGGAAACUUGAGGUAAUUGCUAUGUAUCAAAAUGAACUGAGUGGCCAAAUACCACCCAAUUUGUUCAAUAGCACGCCUGCUCUGAGCUACAUUUACUUCCACAAUAACAAACUCUCGGGCCAGAUCCCUCCUGAUAUGCUACUACCUCUUCAUAACCUUAGAUAUAUUACUCUGUCUGAAAAUGAGCUGAGUGGUCAAAUACCUCCUUAUUUGUUCAAUAACACACCGUCCUUGGAGUACAUUGAAUUUGGAAACAACAGCCUAUCAGGUCCCAUUCCACAAACAAUAUACAACAAGUCCAUGUUGCAAUACAUUUCAUUCGGGAACAACAACCAUAUUGGAACGAUUCCAAACAAUCAUAGUUUUAGCCUCCCAAUGUUGCAAACUCUUAACCUCGGUCCAAACAAAUUUACCGGUAGGAUUUCAUUGGGGAUUGCAUCAUGUCAAUAUCUCGAAGAACUAUUUUUGAAUGACAAUUCUUUUUUGGAUGUUGUUCCCUUAUGGUUAGGUAGAUUGCAACACCUCAAAUAUCUUUCGUUGGGUGGAAAUAACCUUGUAGGCUUGAUCCCAGCUGCUAUCGGCAAUCUCACUAGUCUUAUUGCGCUGGACCUAUCUCACUGCAACCUCAAAGGAAACAUUCCACUAGAAUUAGGGCUAAUGCAAAAGCUUUCCUAUCUUCAUCUUGGAUCAAAUGAACUUACUGGUACAAUUCAACCUUCCCUCGGUAAUUUAUCCAAGUUGAAUUUCCUCUAUUUGGAUAAGAAUAAAUUAUCCGGCUUAGUACCACCAAAACUUGGCAACAUAGCAACAUUGGAAAGGUUUAUUCUACAAAGGAACUAUCUAGAGGGAAAUGUGGAGUUCUUAUCUGGUUUAUCUAAUAGCAGAAGCCUCCAACUGAUUGAUGUAUCGAGUAAUUCUUUCACGGGUGCCCUCUCUGACUAUGUAGGAAACCUCACUUCACAGUUAAUCACAUUCGUUGUAUCUGAUAACAAGUUGGUAGGUGGAGUUCCAACAACAAUUUCAAACAUAAGUAGCAUAGAAUGGAUAGAUCUUUCUAAUAACCAAAUCAUCGAACCAAUUCCAGAAUCUAUCACUAUGUUACAAAAUCUUGUGUUGCUUGAUCUCUCUAGCAAUAACAUUUUGAGUGCUAUACCAAUAGAAAUGGGCAAGCUUGGGAGUCUACAACGGUUGUUUCUCGAAAGAAACAAAUUAUUUGGAGCUAUACCAAGUAGCUUCAGUAAUCUCAGUAGUUUAGAGAAAAUCGAUUUGUCCAAUAACCAGUUAUGUUCAAUGGUACCUGAAAGCCUAUUCAGCCUUGAUAAGCUUGUCGAACUCAACCUUUCUUUCAAUUCUUUUGUCGGUGCACUACCGCUGGAUGUUUCUCGACUAAUACAAACAUAUCAAAUGGACCUUUCUUCUAACUUCUUCCUAGGAAGCAUCCCACAGUCAAUUGGACAACUUAAGAUGCUAGCCUAUUUAAAUCUAUCACACAACUCAUUCGGAGGCCCAAUAGAAAACCCACUUCAAAAGCUAACUAACUUAGUAUCAUUGGACCUAUCCUUCAAUAACCUCUCUGGUACCAUUCCUAUGUUCCUUGCAAACUUUACCAACUUGACUACAUUGAAUCUCUCAUUCAAUAGACUAGAAGGACAAAUACCAGAGGGUGGUGUUUUCUCAAACCUCCUAUUGCAAUCUUUGACUGGGAAUGCUGGGCUAUGUGGCGCUCCACGCCUAGGAUUUUUGCCAUGUGUUGACGAAUCUCAUUCAACUAACAAACUAUCGCUAGAAUUUCUACUUCCCAUAGCCAUGGUUGUUUUUGGCUGUAUUGCUACCUGCUUAUACCUAUGGAUUAACAAAAAACACAAGAACAAGAGAGGGGUCAAAAUGUAUGUUGAUCCAACUGAUGGAAUAGGCCAUCAGAUCGUCUCGUACCGUGAGAUCACUCAGGCCACAAAUAAUUUCAACGAAGAUAACAUGUUGGGGUCCGGAAGUUUUGGAAAAGUCUUCAAGGGGCAAUUGAGUGGUUUGGUAGUCGCGAUAAAAGUUCUUGACAUGCAACUGGACCAGGCCAUGAGAAGCUUUGACGUUGAGUGUAGUGUGCUUCGCAUGGCACGACACCGCAAUCUAAUACGAAUACUCAACACGUGUUCCAACCUAGACUUUAGAGCACUUGUAUUUCAAUACAUGCCAAAUGGCAGUUUAGAGAUGCUAUUGCACCGGUCUCAGAGUACAGUGCACUUGGGUUUCCUCGAGAGGCUCAAUAUCAUGCUCGACGUGUCGAUGGCAAUAGAGUAUCUGCAUCAUCAGCAUUACGAAGUGAUUUUGCACUGUGACUUGAAGCCGAGCAACGUGUUGUUUGACGCGGACAUGACCGCACAUGUGUCAGACUUCGGCAUUGCAAGGUUGCUUCUAGGUGAUGACAACUCCAUAAUUUCUACAAGCAUGCCUGGAACAGUGGGCUACAUGGCACCAGAGUACGGAUCUCUUGGAAAAGCAUCACGGAAGAGCGAUGUGUUCAGCUACGGGAUCAUGCUCCUAGAAGUCUUCACUAGAAGAAGACCCACUGAUGCUAUGUUUGGAGGUGAAUUAACCCUUAGGCAGUGGGUUCACCAUGCAUUUCCCACAGAGCUUAUGGGUGUUGUGGAUGACCAGAUACUACAAGGCUGCUUUUCUAGCUACGACUUGGCCAAUGGAUUUCUUGUGCCAGUAUUUGAGCUAGGUUUGCUCUGUUGCAGCGACUCGCCUGACGAGAGAACAACGAUAAGCAACGUGGUUGUGAGGUUGAAGAAUAUCAAAGCAGAGUACACCAAAAAGGCAGCAACGACAUCACGUGGUGUGGCACAACAAUUGAUCUCCCAUGCUCCUCCCUCUCGCUCAGUGCUCAUCGAGGACAAUGAGAGGCCAUCAACGACUAGCUAGCUCCAUCCAGCAUAUGUGUACUUUCAAUAAGUUUAAUUUCAAAAAUGGUGGAAUAAAUCCCAUAGUAGUUAGUAAAGUAAACCAAGAGCCCAUUACAUACAGCAAACCAGGUGCUAGAAGGGAACCUUAUGUUACCUUUCAACGGGAGCUGGAAGGGAUCCUUUUUUAUGUAACCAUGUAAAGAUAAAUGUACGAUACAACACAAUAAAAGGUCAUAUGCAACUGUUUA